AUGCAGUGGUCGGAGAAAGAAGCCAUGGGAAGAAGGAAAGUGGAGAUCAAACGAAUUGAGAACAAAAGCAGUCGACAAGUCACUUUCUGUAAACGACGAAACGGUCUUAUGGAGAAAGCUCGUCAGCUCUCCGUUCUCUGUGGAUCCUCCGUUGCUGUUGUCAUCGUCUCCUCCACCGGAAAACUCUAUAGCUCCUCCUCCGGCGAGAGUAUGGCCAAUAUCCUCAAGCGCUUUGAAAUACAACAUGCUGAUGAUCUAAAAACCUUGGAUUUUGCAGAAAAAACUCGGAAUUAUCUUUCACACAAGGACAAGCUUGAAGAAGCAGAAAGCGAUAAUGUAAGUGUAGAUUCUCUAAUUUCCCUGGAAGAGCAGCUCAAGGCUGCUCUGUCUGUAACUAGAGCUCGGAAGACAGAGUUCAUUACGGAGCUUGUGAAGACCCUUCAAGAAAAGGAGAAGCUGUUGAGAGAAGAGAACCAGGUUUUGGCUAGCCAGCUAUCAAAGAUGGAGAAGAAAAGGUUUCUGGAGACAGAAGAUGAGAGAGCAAUGUCACUGGAAAAUAACUCCGGCAACAAACCACCGAAGACUCUUACGCUGCUCAAGUAACCACCAUCAUCAACGGCUGGCAUUUGACCAUCCUUCACAGUUUCACGUAUUUUUUGUGUUGUUGACACGAAGUAGGAUAGGUGAGAGGGUUUAUAUACUAGUUUUGAUUGCUUCAGCGUGAAGAACCCUAAAUGGCCAAAAUUAUUAAAUUUUGUUAUUAUUAAAUUUUUUGGAAAAAGCAUUCCUGUUAAAUUUUUUUAUUUAAAUGCUUAGUUGUCACUUUACCUUCGUAGCAAAGCUACAUCAUAUGCUUCUUACUUCUUAACUAUGAAUUUAGAUGUUUUUUAUAGA